AGGUUUAUAAAUACAGAAACAUUUCGCAUAUUAAUAUCUCGGAAAUAUUUUCUGCUAGAAAUUUAUUUUCCAAGUGAUUGUAAUCUGUACCUGAAGAAAUAACUAUUUGAAGAGUAUAUAUAUUUAUUGUACUGUUAUGCUUUACAUCGGAAAUCUGUACUAAAAUCUAGUGUGUACGUUCAGUGACUGCUUAAAACGUAAAUUUUCACGCAUUGAUUAUGACUGCGAAACGACAAGCUACUUCUGAAUUAAACCAUGAUAAUUGGGAUGAAGACGACAAGGUAGAAGAACGUGGACAAUUUCGCACAGCAUCGGAAGACGAACUCAAAAAUCGCAUUAUCAAAAAAGCUCGCCGCAAAAAUGUUACGACCGAAAAUGAAAAUCCAAAAUCUAUUUUUAGUGGCUUUGGAGGUUUUGGAAGCACGCGCCCUGCUACCAGCACUUCAUCGGCAUUUUCAUUUUUAUCUAAUUUAACUAAUGCGGACACAAAUGCUAAUAAAACCACAACUAAUGUUGUCGAGCAAGUAGAUUCAUUAAAAACAUCAAUAUUUGCCGGCAGUUCUUCCUCUAAAAAAACCCAUACUGAUGAAACUACUAAACCAGAUACAGAUGAUAAAACACUUAAGACAUCCAUAUAUCAUGGGAAGUUAAAGGGACUUAAUCAAGCAGUCGCUAAAUGGAUUAAGCAACAUGUAGAUGAGAAUCCAUUAUGUAUUUUAACCCCAAUUUUCAAAGAUUAUGAAAAGUACAUGGUGGAAAUAGAAAAAUAUAAUAAUACUGAUUUAGAGAAAAAUGCAAAUGUACCACUAACUUUUACCAAACCUGCCACUGAUGCAGGAAGUACUUCUAAAAAGGAAAUAACUACAAGCAUUUUUGGAAGUAAACAAACAUCUUCUGAAACUACAAAAGCAAACGGAGAAGCAUCGGCACCAGCACCAGCACCUAGUUUCAGUUUUGGUUUAAAAUCAAACGAAACAAGUGGAAGUUCGGCUGGUACAUUUAGCUUUUCGGCAAAGAGUGAUACUAAACCAAGCUUACCUGAAACUUUUACAUUUGGAACUAAAACUAAUGAAACAGCUACGUCAAAUGUAAGUUUCAAUUUUGGUGCUAACACAGAUAAAUCACCCGCAAGCCAGGCCAAAGGUUUCAGUUUUGCGCAGGAAUCUGAUGAAAAGCCGAAAAGUUUGUCGUUACCUACUUUCUCCUUUGGAAAGCCGUUGGGUGGCAGUGACGAUAAAAAACCGGCAGGUUUUAGUUUUUCACUUGGUGCAACUCCAUUUACAUUUGGUAAUAUUCAACCGCCUGCUGCCACCACUGAUAAAACAAAUGAUGAAGAGGACGAGGAUGACGAGCCACCCAAAGUUGAAUUUAAGCAGGUUGUUGAAGAAGAUGCAAUUUAUUCUAAAAAAUGUAAAGUGUUUAUUAAAAAGGAAGGAAAUUACACUGAACGAGGUGUUGGCACCUUGUAUAUUAAAGCUGUCGAUGAGAAUAAGAAGCAAUUAAUUGUUAGAGCUGAUACAAGUCUUGGCAACGUACUAGUAAAUCUUAUUUUAAAUUCUUCAAUACCAGCACAACGUUUAGGAAAAAAUAAUGUAAUGAUGGUGUGUCUCCCAACACCAGAAAUGACGCAACCAACAUCGUUAUUGUUGCGCGUAAAAACAGGAGAGGAAGCCGAUGACCUGUUAGAAAAUAUCGAAAAGCAUAAAAAAUGAAUUGCAAGAAUAUUUUUUAUAUUGUUUAACGUUUAUGUUAUAGAAACUAAAAUAUAGAAUUUUAUUUUAAAGAU